ACCUAAUAAAAAUAGGUACUUUUCUGGGCUCGAUUCGACUUCUACAUCAGCUUGUAUGCUCAAAUCAAAUGAACAGAGUAGGAAAUUCGAAGACAAAGUCGUAAAUGCCAAUGGAGGGAGAACUGGGUCGACUCGCUCCUUGCUCUUCUCUUGCUGUUGAUUCUGUCCUCCGCGUCGGAACAGCUGGUGCAAUAUGGGGCUUGUGUGCUGCUCCUUAUGACGCUCGUAAGCAAGGCUUGACUGGAUUUUCCCAUGCUGCUUUUGUGGCAAGGUCGAUAGGCGGCUAUGGCUUUCAGUGUGGCCUUGUUGCUGCAAUUUUUACUUCUACUCGUUGUGGGCUUCAAAGAUACAGAAGAAAAGAUGAUUUGGUAAAUGCUCUUGUUGCGGGAGCUGUAGCAGGGGCCACUGUUGCUGCCGGGACACGAAACCUGAAGCAAGUAGUGGGAACAACUUGUCUAGUUUCUGCCUUCAGUACUGCUGCUGACUACUUCAGAACAAUGUGAAAUGCUUGUUGGUGUAGAACCCAAAGCCAAAGGUAGCUAAGGGAAGGGUUGUCCCCUUUCCAUUCCAUAUACUUCAAGUUCAAACACCAGUCUAGAUAACAAUUAUUAGUCAUUAUUUUUUCCUCAUGAAUAAGAUAAAUUUUCAUUACCAAGAAAAUUUCAUAGAAUACACAUCAUCAUUAUUAUUAUUUGAUUAUUUCAAAUGAGAUAUCAGUUGCCAAAUUUGACCUGAACUGAUGUGUUUUUGUAAUGAAUUUAUUAGUAGCCUUUCACUUCUAAACAAUCUAACUCUUUCUUUUUUUUUUAAUAAAAUAUUAUAUUUGUUGGG